AGAAUUACUUUAACUUGUUAGCACCUUAGUCCUACACAGCUUCAUCUCCAUCAUCCUGAGUAAGGAGAACAACUCAUCAUUAUAAUGCACCCUUUCCUCAGCUACAUAUGGAUGUACCGGAGACUUUUGCUGAUUGUUUUAAUCCCACUGCUUCUACUUCCAGUGCCUCUUAUCAUCAAAGCAAAGGAAGCAGAAUGUGCCUAUGUCCUGUUUGUAGUUGCUGUGUUCUGGCUGUCUGAAGCUUUACCCCUUUCAGUGACCGCUUUUAUCCCAGCUCUAAUGUUCCCAUUGUUUGGGAUUCUAUCAUCUAAAUCAAUUGCAUCCACUUACUUCAAAGAUUUUCAUCUUUUACUGACGGGGGUGAUUUGUUUGGCAACCUCAAUAGAAAAAUGGAACUUGCACAAAAGAAUUGCCUUAAGGAUGGUGAUGCUGGUUGGUGUGAAUCCUGGAUGGCUUAUGCUUGGAUUUAUGUUCAGUACUGGCUUCCUGUCCAUGUGGCUCAGCAACACCUCUACAGCUGCCAUGGUAAUGCCAAUAGUGGAAGCUGUCGCACAGCAGAUCAUUAAUGCCGAGGCAGAAGUUGAUGCCAUGCAAAUUAAUUCAUCAGAAGGCAUUUGCAAUGAAGUAUUUGAACUUGACGAAAACAGCACUGAAAUGGAUACAAAAUGUGAACCAGAGAAACAUAUUAAUGGGUACAGUAAUGGAGCAAUGCCUAAUGGGAGCAAGAAGAACUGCACAGCGGAUGAAGAUUAUGAAGAUGCAAUCUGCAAUCAUCAAGAAAAAGACAUGCAAGAGACUCAACCAGCAAGUGAAACUAGAUACAGAAAUAAAAAGGACCACAUGAUGUGCAAAGCGAUGUGUUUGUGCAUUGCUUAUUCAUCUACAAUCGGCGGACUGACCACCAUAACUGGAACAUCAACUAACUUGAUUUUUGCUGAACAGUUUCAAACGCGCUACCCUAACUGCACAGAGAUUAAUUUUGGAACUUGGUUUCUACUCUGCAUUCCAAUCACCAUCAUUCUGAUGCUGCUUUCAUGGAUAUGGAUCCAGUGGCUGUUCCUAGGCUUCAAUUUUAGAGAAAUGUUUAAAUGUGGCAAAGAAAAGACAGAACGAGAAAAAGCCUCAGCAAAGGUCAUCAUGGAUGAAUACAAAAGUCUUGGCCCUGUAAGCUAUCAAGAGAUCAUGACCUUCAUCCUUUUUCUUAUAAUGGCUCUGCUAUGGUUUACAAGAGAUCCUGGUUUUAUUCCUGGUUGGUCUUCACUGUUUCCUCAAUACCGUGGCUAUGCCACUGAUUCCACAGCUGCUUUGAUUGUGGGACUUCUUUUCUUCAUCAUCCCUGCAUAUCCAUGUAAACAAAAAACUGCUGGAAAAAUCACAUCCUUUGAUUAUGAGCCACUCAUCACAUGGAAAGAAUUUCAGGCCUGCAUGCCUUGGGAUAUUGGUAUUCUCGUUGGUGGAGGAUUUGCACUGGCAGAAGGAUGUGAGGUCUCUGGACUUUCUCAGUGGAUAGGGAGCAAGAUGACUCCUCUUGGCUCGCUCCCUAUAUGGGUAGUGGUUCUCAUUGCAUGUAUAAUUGUUACCUCAGUGACGGAGGUUGCCAGCAAUCCUGCAACAAUCACAAUUUUCUUACCAAUAUUAGCACCACUGGCUGAAGCAAUAUUUGUGAAUCCACUUUAUAUACUUAUCCCCACUACUCUAUGCACUUCUUUUGCCUUCCUACUUCCUGUAGCAAAUCCACCAAAUGCUAUUGUAUUUUCCUAUGGUCAUCUACAAGUUAUGGACAUGGUAAAAGCCGGUUUAGGUAUUAACAUACUAGGAGUUAUGGUGGUAAUGCUUUGUAUAUCAACAUGGGCAAUUCCAAUGUUCAGUCUUCAAACAUAUCCACACUGGGCUCCUAACAUUGUACCUACAAACAGCACAAUACCUUUUACUAUGAAUAUUACUGCAGGACUAUGAAACAACUCAUUAACACAUUAACUUGAGAAUAAGUACUAUCAUCUCAUCCCAAAUGGUAACUCAUAUUUGUAUGACUUGGUUGUCUCAAUGUCCAAAAACAGCCUUGAAGGCCUCAUUUUCUACCGGAACAUUCUUUACAAGAUCUGAUUAGGUUCCUUUAGGUGGCCUGAAGGCUCCCUGGCAUGUUGAUUCUAUUUACCAACCUCCUUUUUUGUCUAAUGUUGUCCUGCUCAUUAACAUGUAUUUGUAACAUUAUAUUUAAACAUAGUACAGAGUAUGGUAUGGUAUGUACAUUUCGUACUUCACUGUGCAAUUUUAUAGUCAGGUUCCUAGGACUGUAAGCAUCAAAUACACAUGUGCCUCCCCUGAUUUGUUUAGUCUACCUCAAGAAAUAUAUUCUUCAUUGGCAAUCCUAUAAUUGACCAUAAAUUGCAGUAUUACAAUGGCAUAGUAAAAAUGGAUCAGAUAAAGGGGGGGAGUUUUUUUUUAAGGCCAGUAAAGCUGACCAUUCAUGCUAAAUCUGGCCUUAACAUCUGAUGAAUAGUCUAACUUGAUUCUUUAUGCAAUCUGGAACCGUGACUAAUUUCUAUAUAAACAAUAUGGCUGAAUUUAAGUUUUUUGGUUAAGUUUAUUAGGUAUAUUCUAAUGGGAUUGUAUCGAUAGUCCAGUAGUUGAAAUCCCCAUGGUCAGACAUUCAUAAUCCCUAACCUUCAAAAUCCCUUCCCGUUUCGCAACCCCCUCCGCAGUCUAUCCUGAGCCCUCCCCCUAGUGCUUAACUCUAAACAUAAUCACAGUAUAAUCAUCAGGAUCUAUCGGGAUUCAGACCAUUGGGUUGCCACUGUCUGCAUUCUGAUCGUUGGGAUUUCAAAUAACGGGAUUCUGACUGAAACCCAUUGUAAUUAUACAGCAAAGUCCUUAUGAUGUAAUAAUGCAUCAUGUUUCCAUUUGAUCUGACCAUUUUUGAGAAUUUUUUGUUUCAAAAUGCAACACAAUGUGUGAUAUUUUUAAACAUUUAUAAUUUUAUUUAUAGAAUGGAUUGUUCAUUACAAAACAUUAAAAAUGACUGUGCACUUUACCUUCCUCUAGCAUGGUGGAUCUAAGCUUGCCUCUCACCUGUCCAAUCAGGUGUGGGGAAAAAAAAAGGUUUGCUUUAUCCCAUACCUGAUGAGACAUGAUAGAGAAAAAUACAGAUGACCUAAGUAUGCAAAUCUUUAUUGACCUCAUUUCAUCUAUCUAUCUAUCUAUCUAUCUAUCUAGCAAUAUCAGAACUGUACAUAGGCGUGGUCGAGCGGUGCUGCCCCUCAGUGUGCAAGGCCUAGGGUGCAGCCCCAAUGCUGCCCUAUGGCUCAUGUAUUUGGCAUGAUGGAUGCCUGUAAUUACACUAUGCAGCCUAGAAAGUUAGAGCCUGGACGUCCGUAGUAUGCUCCUGUCUCUUCCUAGUCCCGGCGGCAAGCCACCACAAGGUUGUCCACUUAGGACGCUCAACUUCUCCCUGGUCCCAAUGGCCCUAACCCCUAGUUGCGACAUUAUGAUGUUACAUGUUUGGAGGCAGCACCGUGCCCAUUUUCAUCCUGCUAUGGCCCUCGUCUAUUUAUAUUUCUAUCUACAGUACAUUACAGUACUUUAAAGAUCAAUUAAAGAAAAUUGGUACUCUGUGCUGCACAUACUAUGUAAAUACAGUAUGACAAGCAGUACAUUUCUUGACUGAGGGUGUAAAUCCAAAAGAAAUUUCAUUUUUUAAAUAAUAAGAUAAAAAUGUAUUUCCUAUCACGUUCCCCUUGAUUCAAAGAUAGUUUAAAUGUAUAUUCAUGUGUUUUACAAUGUAAAAGAAAGCACUCAAUUUCACAAUUCAUUCAAACACAUUUUUAUAUUAAAGUUGUUUAAAGGAUUUAAGCACAGAGUAAACAUACUAUAAUACAGGAGGUUUAAGCCACUAUCUGCAAGUACCACUAACAGUCCAUAUAUUUAGAAUAUCUGUUUGUGGAUGCAGGUGUGAUAAUUAGUGACCUGGUGAAAUAGAGAUACUCUCCUGUACAUGAUUAAAGAGAUCCUUAACACAUGGCCUGCUAAUGGUACUUAAGGGUUAGGGUUAAGAACCCCUGCUCUAGUAAAUUGCCUGUACUACAAUUUAAUUUACAUAUUUUUGCAAAUCUUUAUUCAUGAGUUUAAAACACUAGAAUUAUAUUUAUUGUAUAUUAUCAAAACUGGAAUAAUUGUAUUAUGUUGUUUUAGAUUUUCUAUGAAACACUUUAACAUUAGAA